AUGGGUUUCGGACCAAAAGGACAUGUCAACGACUCAAAAUGGAGACUGCCUUUGCAUCUACACCGCCAGGACAGUCCCAACCUCUCCACCAACGCUGAUCCUCACGUCCUUCUCGGCAGGGCGCAUCAACUAUAUGUGAGGCACCUGAGCGAUGGCACACUCACCAUUCGUGGUGAGAAAGUUCCAUCACGGAACGUUGGAGGCGUUGGAUUUUUCGUACCCAAUCAUUCGUCUUGUCGAUUCACCUCGCCUGGCUAUCCUUCCGUCCUGUGCAUCACCAUCACUAUCAUCAACUGCUAUCUCCCAACAUCAGCAGCUCCUGACUUGCAAUUUGAUGCUUCUUAUGAGGAGUUGGAGGAAGUCAUCUGCAAAGAGAAUCCCUUCUAUAAAUUUGUUGUGGGCGACUUCAGUGUGAAAAUCGAGAUGUCAGAAGAAGAGGAGCCUAGGAUCGGGAGAUUUGGAUCAGGACUCGGGAAAGAAUAA